AUGGGGUUCCGUGAGAUCCUGCCCAGUUCUAUGACGUCAAAGGAUUUGCGUUUUAGGCCCUGUGGACGUAACAAUAAACCACUGAAAUGUAACUUUUAUAUUUUUGCCAAUUUUUUUCGUGCUUUUUAUAUAUAUAUAUAUAUGAAUGGCGCUAAACUACCCGAACCAGUGGUGAAAAUUGAGGUUUUGCAUAAACCCUUUGCCUGCUUUCAGAAGUCGAAAUAUGGAGACAUACUUCUUGUGCACUUUGAGGGAUUUCUGGAGAGCAAUGGCACCAUGUUUCAUUCCAGCUGUAACCACAGGGACAAGCAGCCAGUGUGGUUCACCCUGGGGAUCUGAGAGGUGAUCAAGGGUUGGGAUAAGGGGCUGAAGAACAUGUGUCCAGGAGGGAGGAGGGAGCUCAUUAUCCCCCCAGCUCUGGCCUAUGGCAAAGAGGGAAAAGGUAAAAAUCACCCUGAGAGGACGUUGAUCUUUGACAUUGAGAUCAUGGAGAUUCGGAACGGUCCCAGGUCCCAUGAGUCGUUCCAGGAAAUGGAUCUAAACCAUGACUGGAGGCUGUCAUUGGACCAAAUCAGGUCCUGGCACGCCAGGACAGCGGAGUCAGGUCCUCACCAUUAG